AUGCCCGGCAGCGACCUUUCUGCCAUCACCAUGAUCUACCACAAAUUCAAUUUAUUGGCCUUGCCAUUGCUUGCCCUCGCAAGUGGCCCAGCCGCUCACACCAUAGGCCAGCUAUCCGACGGCACAUGGCUCGAAAACAUAGCCAUCCGCCCAAACGGCAACCUCCUGGUCACGCAGUCAUACCCAGAAGUCAACCUAUACAUCAUCUCUCACCCUUCCAAGAAUCGCUCCCGUCUCGAAAAGCUUGUUCAUCUACCAACUGUCCAGAGUCUCCACGGCAUCGCUCAGGUUUCCGUGUCUUCGGGCCAGGAAACCUACAUCGUCAUCGGCGGCAACCAAACUGGCCUGAGUGAUCCAAUCAAGGGAGAGUUCAGUGCUUGGGGCGUGAGCUUCGACAGGACUCCUCAUGGAGAGCACGUGAAGGCACGCAAGAUCUCGGAAAUGAGUGAGCAGAGCGUCUUCCUCAACGGUGUGGCCAGCGCUGCAUACCAAUCAAUCAAGCCAAGCUUGGGUGACGGGCUUGUCUGA